AGCGCAGCGGGAGCCGGCUGCAAGCGCAAUCUCAUUUUUCUCCUGUGGGCUCCUCUUUACAAACGAAAAUCCUUGGUGACCACACUUACCCUCCGGAAUAACUUAUCGUAUCAAAACUUUUCAAAUAAAGGACCUACUCUUUAAAGGAGGCAGCGGGGGAAGCCCAAACAAUAGUCUCUCACUAUCCCAGAUGUGUGGGACGUGGGAGCAAGGGGAAAGCGAGUAGGGAAGAGGCAGGAAAAUCCUCUUGGCAUUUAUGCCAUGAACACCCUCCCUUCCCCAACCCGCGCCCCCAUUCCACCCCCACCCCUACGGCGGUAAUUGAAUUGUCACCUGCCCCCAACCCGCCCCCAGCCGCCUGGGCCACUUGGGAAGCUCGGCCUUGCCAAGUGCCCCCCGGCCUGUGAGCGCCGCGUAGCCACGUCCGCGCCCCAGAAACCGAGGGGUUACACUCGUCUACGCAGAGGCGCACCGGACACAGUAAUUAGGCGCAAUUCACACGCUUUCGGGCGCACGGAAACGACUUGUCACGAUAUUUGCAACGCUCCUCCUAGCCCACUUUUUUUUUUUCCACUCCUUCCCUGGCGCGCCCCCUCCCCUCCCCGAGGCACUCGGCGGAGCUUUUGGAGUUUCGAAUCUUUCGGACACUGUAGAAUGCGGGGCUCCCCGGGCGCGGGCCCGGCCAAUCAGAGUGGCGUCUGCCUCCCCUGGCCAAUGGCAGGCGCCACAUUGUUGUCCAAUUCUGUCUAAUGGAGCCCUAAGGAGCAACAAUAGAGCGGGCGAGCGGCUCAUUGAGAGUGUGGCAGCGCCGGGCAACUGGGGCCCGGCUGUGCGCAGCGGCCGGCGCGCUCCGCGAGGGGACGCGGCGCGGCGAGGGCCGGGACGCAACUUGCAGCCGGCCGGUCCCCGCGCGGCCCCCUCCUCCGGGUCCCGACGGAGGGGUUGGACUGCGCGGCGUUCCAAAGGGUCCGGAAGUUCGGACAUGGUGACCGAAGGAGGGUGACGUGGUCAGACCAGCGGCCAGGGGACCAGGGGAAGAGGCCGAGAGCGCCGGCGUCGCGAGCGGAGCUGGGAGGCGCGUGCAGCGUCAGCGGAGGAGGAGGCUCCCCAAAGCCCAGGCAGCGGAGCCACUGAUUCAAACGAAAUCUCACGCUCGUCGUAUACAUCAGAUCUGGGAAGAGGAGCUCCGGGGGGCGUGGGGAGGAGCUAGUUCUUCCGAGGGGGCUCGGGAGGCGCCUUCUUCCAGCCGUUUGGCCACCACCAGCCUCGCUGCGGCUGCUGCACUUGCUCCCCCCGAGUCUGGGUCCCCCACCAAACCCCCCAGCCUGGGUUCUUCCCCGGAGCGCACCCUUCCCGAUCAGUCUCUGCCCCUUCUCGCGUCUUCCACGCCAGGUCCGGCCAUGGAGCUGCGCUCGGAGCUGCCCACCGUGCCGGGCGCGGCGACGGCGGCAGCGACAGCGACAGGGCCGCCCGUGGCGUCGGUGGCGUCGGUGGCGGCGGCUGCAGCCGCCGCCGCAUCUCUACCCGUGAGCGUGGCGGGCGGCUUGCUGCGGGCGCCACCACUUUUGUUGCGGGCUGCGGAAAAGUACCCGAGGACGCCCAAGUGCGCGCGCUGCCGCAACCACGGCGUGGUGUCGGCCCUCAAGGGCCACAAGCGCUACUGCCGCUGGAAGGACUGUCUGUGCGCCAAGUGCACGCUCAUUGCCGAGCGCCAGCGCGUCAUGGCUGCACAGGUGGCGCUGCGCAGGCAGCAGGCGCAAGAGGAGAAUGAGGCGCGUGAGCUGCAGCUGCUCUACGGCACGGCCGAGGGCCUGGCGCUGGCGGCGGCCAACGGCAUCAUCCCGCCACGACCUGCCUACGAGGUCUUCGGCUCUGUGUGCGCAGCCGACGGCGGGGCGCCGGGAGCUGGGACGCCCGCAGGGACCGGAGGAGGCUCAGCGGGCGCCGGGAGCUCAGAGGCAAAGUUACAGAAGUUCGACCUGUUCCCCAAGACGCUGCUUCAGGCAGGCCGCCCCGGCAGCCCGCAGCCUCAGGGGAAGCCCUUAUCUCCCGACGGCGCGGACUCGGGCCCUGGGACAUCGUCCCCGGAGGUACGGCCCGGCUCCGGCUCGGAAAACGGCGACGGAGAGUCUUUUUCGGGGUCGCCUCUGGCCCGGGCCCCCAAGGAGGCAGGUGGCAGUUGCCCCGGCAGCGCUGGCCCGGGCGGUGGCGAGGAGGACAGCCGGGGCUCUGCUAGCCCGUUGGGCUCCGAAUCCGGUUCCGAGGCUGACAAAGAGGAGACAGAAGUCGUGCCGGCGCCGGGGCUGGGCGGAGGCCCGGGGCCGCGGCAGCGGACGCCGCUGGACAUCUUGACGCGCGUCUUCCCGGGCCACCGGCGGGGUGUGCUGGAGCUGGUAUUGCAGGGCUGCGGCGGCGACGUGGUGCAGGCCAUCGAGCAGGUGCUGAACCACCACCGCGGGGGCCUGGCGGCCGGCCUAGGCCCCAUCGCGCCCCCGGAGAAGGCGGCGGUGGGUGCCGUGGCGGCCGCGGACGACGCCUGGCCGGGCCGCGUAGACGCGGCCGCGAGCGGGGGCCCCGCGCUGCCCGGGCCGCUGCAAGCGGGCCCCGCCGCGCCGCCGCACCACAGACCUUUGCUGGCCGGAGCCAUGGCGCCCGGGGCGCUGGGCUCGCUGAGCAGCCGCUCGGCCUUCUCUCCCCUGCAGCCCAACGCCAGCCACUUCGGCGCCGACGCCGGGGCCUACCCGUUGGGGGCGCCGCUGGGCCUCAGCCCCCUGCGCCUGGCCUACUCGGCGGCGGCGGCGCACAGCCGCGGCCUGGCCUUCAUGGCCCCCUACUCCACUGCCGGCCUGGUGCCCACGCUCGGCUUCCGGCCGCCCAUGGACUACGCCUUCAGCGACCUGAUGCGCGACCGCUCGGCCGCCGCCGCCGCCGUGCACAAGGAGCCCACCUACGGCGGCGGCCUCUACGGGCCGAUGGUCAACGGGGCCCCCGAGAAGCAGUAGGCGCGGAGCCCGGCAGCCGGACGCCCCCCGCAGGGAUCCCAGACCCGUUCCCCCCUCCGGCCACCGCCCCGCUGCGUCCCGGGCGACCGUUUCGCCUCGGCGGGGCGCUUCUCCCGCUGAGGUUCUUGACCUUUUUGUUUUGGCGGGGCCCGAGGAGCAAAUAGGAGCAGUGACAGGUGCAGGGGUCCUUGAACCUCAUCCCCUUCCCCGGCCCGUCCCCCCUCCUAGAGACCUCAGCCCUUCAAAGGGCCGGGAGUUCGGGAGACUUUGGAGGCGGGGCGCUGCGCACGCCCCCCAGCUUUGCUCUCUGCGCCCCCACUCCUCCCCCUAAGCCCCCAAGACCUGCCGAGCUCGCAGGAGGAUCAGGAGAGUCCUAGAGUCUGGCUUCUGUGUCGUCCCUCCCUUAUUUUUGUUUUAAAAUAUUUGCUCUAACAAAUAUAAAUUUAGGAUGUAUAAAUCUCUUGGCACUGAGUCGAGCCUUUGGGACACAACAUAUAUAUCGAUAUCAAGUGUGAAAAAAAGGAAACAAGUUCUAAGGUGCACUUUCCUCGUUGCGGUAUUUGUUGCUCUCUUUGUUGCUUAUGCCGAUAAGCAUGGGUUUCCUUGGUGCAGUGUGUUUUUAUAUAUGUAUAAAUCUAUAUAUAAUCUAUACAUAUAUAUAUACAAGCCAGUGUAUAAUGUUAUAAAAUGGAAUUCUAAGUUAUUAAUUGUAAUCUGUAGGUGACCUCCGUAUUAACGUGAAAAAUAUUCAAAAACAAGCAAAAAAAGGACAAAAUGGGAAAAAAAAUUAGACUAUGCGCGCAUUGUACUUAUCAGGUUUGAUAGACAAAAUAUAUCAUCAACUCGGUCCGCUCCCGCCCACUGCCCCUCCUGCCUGCAGCCGGCCUGUGCCGGGCCGCCGAGGCGCGCGCGGACGCAGAAACUGAGCGAGCGGCCGCCCUCCCGGGACGCUCCCAGGCUGGAGUGGGGUGCGCGGCCCAGAAUGACUCCCUUUGUGCUUUCCUUUGCAUAGACAUGAACUAGAAAUAAAUGUUAUUUUCUAAGAAAACACAAUCCGGUCCCGCUUCUCGGUGGAAAAGGUGUAGCUUUCUCGCUGUGGCUGCAGAGGUCCGGCAUGCGACUUGACCGCGGUCUGGCGGGUAGUCGGACCCUCCGGGGCGCGGGGCGACUAGCCUCGCUGCGGCACUUGGAGAGUUCGGAGGGCGCGGAGCUGGAGAGCCUUGGGCACCUUUGGGACUCGGUGUGCGCCCCAUACCGCCGGCGGGCGGUGGGCUUUCUGGGUGUCCACACUGCGGGCAGCUUCUCCGCGAGCCCGUCGAGGCGGGAGGCCUGGGCUCCGUGUGCUACACGGGCGCAGGUUGGGGCUCAACCUGGUGGCAGCCCUCACCCGGAACCUGGAGCUUCCUUUUUUGGAGAAGUUUGGUGCGGGCUGGCGACGGUGGGGGAAGUAGGGGCGGCGGAGGGGAGCUGCUGGGAGAGUGGGACCCCUUGACCUCCGCACCGCCAUGGCCACACAGACCUCCCCCGCCAACCAUCCACCCCCUCUAGGUGACCCGCUCUCCGGGAAAUGGGGAUCCCUUCCCCUAGACGGCGACAUCCCAAGGUAAACUUCUGGGGCCGGCUCGAGUUCCGCCAGGCGGUGA